AUGACUGCUGACAGCAAGCAUGGCUCGCUCCCGCCAUCCACCAGUGCCCCUGCAGGCAUCGAUCCAGACAGAACAGCACUACGGCAGUUUGAGGCCCACGCUGAGGCGACCAAUGACAUAUUUCUGGUGGCCGCAAGGGUGAUCGCCAAUGUCGUUGAGGAGGCAAGCAGGAUAUUGGAGGCGGGGGACGCACAUGGGCCCCGCUGCGACCCUGCCGCCUGCUGGGAUGCCCUGUGGCUGGCCUGGCGGCCUUACGCCUGCAACUGGAAGGGCAUCUGGUGGGAGUCGGUCGCCGUGCCAGAUGAUGUGAGCGACGAGGAGGCUUUCAGGGCAGAGCUGAAGGAGCUGGCCACCGAUUCGCUGGCUCUGCUGAAGUCUGCAAUUGACGAUGGGCGUUUCCCUGCUCUUUUCACGGCAGAGGUGUACGGCAGUCUCAUCGGCAUGUUCGAGAUGAACAACCUGGCCAUCGAGGUGCCAUCCCCCUUAGAGUCGUACUUGGAGGCCCUUGACGAGUCUCCCUCGACCGCGGGCUCCCUAGGAUCCCUCCGGGAUCGCAUUGAGGAGGCAGCGCAGCAUCCAGGGGAGGGCACUGCAUACUACCGGCUGGCAUGCUGCGCCAACCACAGCUGCGUCCCCAACGCGAAGGCCACCCGAAGGACGGGCCUGGACGUCGGCGGCAACCUGGCGCUCAUCGCAGAGGGUCCCAUCACAGCGGGAGAGGAGAUAACGAUCUCGUACGUGGACGAGAGCGAGCCGCUGGAACAGCGGCAGCGUGCGCUGAUGGACUACGGAUUUGUGUGCUCCUGCACGCGGUGCUUGCAGGAGGAACAAGGGCCAUGA